UCCCCAAAACUCAAAUUUAUCCCAAUACUUUGAACCUUGAAUCAAUGGAGAAUUCCGCAGAAACCACGACUAAAACUCAGGUUGAAGAACCGGUGGAGUAUGUUCAAGAUGAGGCCGAGGCGACUCAGAAACCUCAGACACACGUGGAGCCUUCCGGUGGCGAGGCGACACCCACAUCCAUUCUGAGGCGAUGGAAGAUUAAAGAUCUGUUGAAGAAAGGGGGUUUGGUUUUAAGAAUUGCAGCUUUGGUUUUCUCAAUUCUUUCGUUUAUAAUUAUGGUUAGUAAUAAACACCGGGGCCAAAAUUUCGACGAUGUUGAGGAAUACAGGUAUCUAGUGGCCAUUGGCAUACUUUCGACAUUGUACACUGGUUUCCAAGUUGGCCGUCAAGUUCAUCACAUCUCAACCGGCAUAUCUUUGUUUGAUCACCGGACUUCCGGUCUGGUCGAUUUCUUUGGUGAUCAGAUUGUUGCGUAUCUACUGAUAUCAUCGGCUUCUGCGGCGGUUCCGCAUACAAAUUGGCUGAGGGAAAAUGCAGAUAACAUAUUUACGGAUACAGCUGCGGCUUCCAUCAGUAUGGCGUUUUUCGCGUUCUUCUCUUUGGCAGCGUCAGCUAUGAUAUCUGGUUAUAAGUUGUCUGCUGAAAACUACAUUUGAAGGUACCGAGAAUUCCAAAAUUGUUCCAAGUUCUUUUAGUUUUUCUUUGUGCCGCUCGUGGAUUGUUGCUGUGUGUUCAAUUCAAGAUAUAGAUUUACUCUAGUUUCAAAUUGUAUUUAUUCUUUCUGCGACACCAAAAUGUAAAGAUAGAAAAAUGGCUGCUCUUUUUUGAUAUAAUUGAUUUCUGUAUCAUAUUUGUUGCUACAAUGUUAUAAUCCUGGAGCCUUGAGGCAAAAAAAAAAAAAAAUGGUUCACAUCCA